AUAGAACAAAGUUCACGUACUAAAGCAUUCACUAGUUACUAAGAAUUCAACACCAUGGCUUCCAACGUUGAGCUUUCGGAGAGAAGCAGCCCAAGGAAUCAGAAAAGCCGUCCAAUAGGAGAAAAGGAGGAAGUGGACUACAUGCAGAGAGCACAGUGGUUAAGAGCUGCGUUGCUUGGAGCCAACGAUGGUUUGGUCACGGUCGCGUCGCUCAUGAUGGGUGUUGGUUCUAUCAAAGAAGACGUCAAAGCAAUGUUGCUUGUUGGUUUUGCCGGCCUUGUAGCCGGUGCGUGCAGUAUGGCCAUUGGAGAGUUUGUAUCUGUGUGUACACAAAGAGAUAUUGAAACUGCGCAGAUGAAGAGAGCUAUUGAGACUAAGACAUCAUUAUCAGCAAUCGACGAACAAGAGGAGGAUGAGAAGAAAGAACGGCUGCCAAAUCCCGGACAAGCCGCAAUUGCAUCAGCAUUAGCGUUUUCAGUUGGGGCAGCAAUGCCGCUUUUAGCUGCUGUAUUUAUCGAGAAUCAUAAGGUCAGAAUGGCGGUGGUAGCGAUUGUAGCCACCCUGGCAUUGCUGGUGUUUGGAGUGACCGGUGCGGUCUUGGGAAAGACAAGCGUUGUUAGGUCGAGCGUUAGGGUGGUGAUUGGUGGCUGGAUGGCUAUGGCUCUUACCUUUGGUCUCACCAAGUUCAUUGGCUCCGAAGCCAUGCAAAUCUAGACGCUCUUUCUUCAGUGAUCUUCUUGUUUUCAUGCUAUCAUUUCGUGUGUCCGUUAAGUUAUGUUUGUAUUUUAAUCAUCACAUUCAUCUCCCAAACUAUAUAUGUGAUGUAGACUA